AUGACGUCAGUUCUCGUUGAAUACAUCAACGAUGGAGAGGCUGGAAGAGAUGGACAAAAUGGACACAGUGGAAGCAAUGGUAUGUCCGAUGGUGCUUCCGGUUCCAAUGGUGGAAAUGGUUCAAAGGGUGAGAGAGGUACCAAUGCUGGUACCAUCGAUGUUCAACUAUAUUCCACUCCUCAGAACCAGAUCAUGUUGCAAGCCAACUUUGGUGCAAAUGAGAGAUCAAGAGGUUUCCAAAAGACCGAUGUUAUGACCUUGGGCAAUGCAAAGAACCAGUUGGUGCUCAGCUCAAGGGGUGGUGACGGAGGUCAUGGUGGUGCCGGUGGAAACGGUGGUAAUGGUGCACAAGGCUAUCGUGGAAGAGAUGCCUCUAGAAGCAGCUCUGGUACCGAUGGUGGUCCAGGUGGUAAUGGUGGUCAUGGAGGCAAUGGUGCCGAUGGAGGUAACUCUGGUAGCGGUGCCAACACCACCAUUCACAACAGUGAGCCCGACAUGGAUCUUCUGAUGGUGCUCAAGCAAAGAGUUGGUAACACAGCAGCCGGUAACCCAGGUCACGGUGGUUCGCGUGGUGCCGGUGGCUACGGAGGUGAUGGAGGUUGGGGUGGUUCAUCCUACUCCUGGUCCGAGGAGCGUUACUACACCGACAGUGAGGGCAACCAGUGCUCAACAUCAGAGUCAUUUACCAACCCAGGUGGUUACAAUGGUCCAUCCGGUUCGAAUGGUUCAGAUGGCCACUCUGGAAGUGAUGGUCAUUCAGGUGCCGAUGGUGCCUUCACCAUCAGUCUCAAGAUGAACAAUGGUCAAGUGUUCCAAUAUCGCUCACCAUACAACCUCGAGGUCAAGAAGAUCGACUACUGCGACACCAUUGGUUAUGGCAUCAUUGAGCCAGACUCUGAUGUCAACCUGUCCGUUACACAUACCAAUGUUGGAGGCAUGCCCACACCCUCCGUCCAGACCAUCCACUCGUACGUCUCAAACAAUGAGUGGGUUGUCUGUGAGAUCAACAACAGAGUGCCAAUGAAGAAGUGGAUCAACUCCGGAGAGACCACUGCAUUGACCCGUCCCAUCGUCUACCACGUCAAGGACUUCCGUCAGCAGUUCCCCCUCCCCAGAGAGCCAUGGACAUCCGUCGGAAAGAUGGAGCAUCAGGCAUUGGUCGAGCGUGUCAAUCAGACAUUCGCCAACGUUGCCAAGAGUGUACAUAACUUCACAAUCGAAUACCCAGUCCAGGCAUCAUUGAUCAAGGGUCUGGACAGUGUGGAGUUGGGCGAUGAGGCACCAAUCCUCUUCACCCUCUGGAACAAGUCCAAGCAUGGCGUUGGCAAUGAGAUCCAGUCCGUCCUGAAGCAAUCACCAACUAGAAUUUUGUUCACCCGCCUCAACAUCCAUCUGAAGGCACAGGGAGGCACGACCACCCUUGCCCCAUCAGACUUUUGUGUCAGAGAUGCCAAUGGCGUCGUGUUCAAGAACCCAGAGCGUGGAUUGCAUGCCAACGCCCCCGCCCUUCAGCCAAACAAGCUCAACUCGUUUGCCUCCACACUUCAAUUUGUCAACCCAGAGACCAAGCCAUACACUCGUGUCCUGGUGGAGUCUGUCCUCUACCUUGGCCACGUCAAGGACAUGAUGAAUGCCCAGCCAAUCCAGUCGCGUCCAUUCGAGAUCCAGUUGUCAGAGGGAUACAAGAGCAUAGAUGCCGACGUGUUGUUGAUCACCAACAAUCAAACAGAGUAUGGUGAGGUCGAGGCCUGGAGAGCUCUGUGUAGUGACCUCGGCUACAACACUGCCGUAUGGAACGUCAACCUCUACAAGGAUCUCAACCUUGCACACGUCAAGAGCAAUGGCAAGUCAUUGAUGGACGAGUUUGUUGGCAAGAACAUCAUCUUCCUCAACAACACCUUUGUCCGUGACGAGCGAAGAUACGAUGCCGUUGGCUUCUUGCGUGCCAAGGAGUUGUUUGCCGCUGCCAAGUUCCGUGGUAUCCACACUCUGGUCGUCGGUUCAAGAGGCUGCAACAUGCAGUUGGAGUUGGUGCCUGCCGUCGGUGCCGACAAGAUGGUAUCGAUCAGUUACUUCAAGAGUCCAGAGGAGUACACCCGUGCCCUCAAGAGACGUAUUCUCCAAGGACCAGGUUCAGCUCUGCCCCUGCCAGCCACCACCACUCCUACACUGUCCUCGAUUGUCAUGGUGGACAAGAAGCAGCGUUUCGUUGCACUUCACUCACCAAUCCACACACUGUGUGUCUACUCUCACCACCACGAUGUCUACCCAUCCGAGACCAUCUACUUGGACACUUUCAGCAUCUCGGACAUUGGCGAGGACUCCUUUGAGCUCAACCUUACCAAGCUCGACAAGAAGUAUAUCAUCAAGACUUGCACUGACAAGAAGGUACCAGAGAAGAUCAACUCAUUGGACCCAAGAAUGAACUGCACCUUUGAUCUGCGUCUGUUGAAGGAUACUCUGCGCGCAGUCACCACACCAACCAUCACUCAGGUUGACAAGAAGAAGGAGGGCAUCCUCGAGAUGAGAAAGGGAGACUCUGGUUCCAAGAGCUACACCAAGCGUUUCAUCAUCUUCAAUGGCAAGGAGCGCACCAUCACCAAGUUUGACGUCAAUGGCAAGGAGCAACAGCAGCCAAAGACCAAGAAGGUGUACUCUCUGAACCGUUUCGCCGUCACCAUUGGCAACUACUUUGGUAAUGAGUCGAGCAAGGACCAUGCCACCACCUUCCAGAUCGUCACCUCUGACAAGAUCAUCUUCUUGAGAGCCAAGACCACUCAGGAUAGAGAGGAGUGGAUUAACGAGCUCUCUGUGUUGCCAACAGUUGAGAUCACUCAGGUGUACCGUGAUCCAUCGGUGGCCCUCAAGCAGAAGAAGGGACUCUCACCAGAUCGUUCCAACGGCAACUUGAAGGACGAGAAGGCCAACGGCAUGCAGGAGUUCUACCCAAUCAACAUCAUCCCAGUGAAUGAGCGUUACAUCUUCACCAAGCCCAAGGACAGAGAUCUUGAGCAGAUGGCCGUCAAGUUGAACAAGCAACUCAAGAACCGUUUCCCCAACCAGAGAAACAUCGUGGUCUAUGACCAAAAGGUCUCCAAGACUGAGAAGUUCGCCACCUACUACCUGGGCACUUUGGAGGUGCACCGUUCCCUGGACACCACCACUCCACACAUCGUUCAGAUCAACAUUGAGAACGACUUGGCCAUCCAUGAUCCAAACGCCAUUCGCUCCUACCCAACGUUGUACAACGUGCUCAAGACACUGGACUUCUCUCAGAAGCUCACCAUCCUAAAUGACAAGGUACUCAAGGUGACCGGUGCCACACCAAGAAGCGAGCCAUACAUCUCCAAGUUUGACAUGUGUGGAUUGACUCUUCUGUCCAUCAUCUCUGAUAUUGCCGAGGAGCAGUUCCACUUCAGAGAGUCCAAGUGGCGUGACAAGGUCAGCUCAGAGAAGAUCUACUCGUUCAUCAGAACAUUGAUCCAGAUCAAGACCUUCAACUUUGUUGAGCAGCGUGGAUGUGACACUCUGUUGGGCGACAUCAUCCUCGAGAUUGGUGCUCAUCUCAGCAUCAUGAAGUCAUGCUACACAUCCUUGGCCGAUAAGUUGCUCCCACACAGACGUUCAAAGGCUGUGAACAAGGGAGUGAAGCGUCUCUAUUGGGAGAUCAUCAUGAUCCACAUUCUUGGAUACGACAUUGCCAAGGCCGAGAGCACUGACUUUGGAAAGCUUGACUCUGCCUUUGUCAAGUCGGUCAAGGUCAAGAUCAACGCCAAGGUUGCCGCAUGGGAGGCCCACGCCGUCAAGUCGACACCCCAGUUUGUCUAUGGCUACCGCUACGAUGAGAAGAGCGGCGAGAAGAAGAAGAUUGCCAAGAACAAGGAUGUCAUCAUCGAGUGGUACCGCAAGCCUCACUUCUCCAACUCAAUCAUCGACACCACUGUCAUUCCCGAGGUGGUCAUGAGCAAGGACAAGUUCCAUUCACUCAUUGCUGCUCCUCGUUCCAACGCCGUGUCCGAGACACGUGCCUGCUUCAACACCGAGAACGACAGAGUACAAUACGUCAACGACAUGUUUGUCCGUGAACUUGGACAGCCAGCCGCAGAGCUCCUCUCACACAGACUCACCGUCAAUGAGGUCGUCUAA